AUGAGUAAGGGAAACAUCGCCAACAUCCGAUCUCACUAUGCACUCCUCCGGCCAGUGAAUGCUCCCACUUACUACAAAGGGGGCAAGGCGACGAGUCAAGUUCCUGGGAUACCACAGCAAUACAUUGGUUACCGAUCUCCGAGGAAUGGGUACUCGGAGAUUGAAUACGACAAGAGCGAUGAGGAAGACUAUCGACGUCCGAAGUACGAAGUGGGAAAACCGAGAAAAUUAGCUGUGGAAGAUGAUGAAGACUACAUCAAAACCAGGGCCCCUACCCGAGCCAGCGUUUACUCAGAAACGCGCCGAAAUUCCUCUGCGGGGAGGAGUUCAAGAGGGUAUCCAAUUCUACAAAGGUCCUCCAGCUACGACCCCAUCAAAAUCAGACGCUCGCACAAUCCAAGGAAAGUGAAGGUCGUCACGUUCUACAAGAACGGAGACUCCAAUUUCACGGGGUUCCAGUUCUGGCUCCGGCCGGGCCGAGACGUGAGGAACCUGGAUGUUCUGUGCAAGCUGCUGUCGGCGCGGAUCCCAGGCCUCCCAUUGGGAGUGAAGUACAUUUUCAACAUGGACGGGGAUGUCAUUCGAAGACUGGAAGAGAUCCAAGAUGGAGAAACUUACGUCUGCUCCUCGAACCCCGAUUUCAAGAGGUCCUCCAGCUACGACCCCAUCAAAAUCAGACGCUCGCACAAUCCAAGGAAAGUGAAGGUCGUUACGUUCUACAAGAACGGAGACUCGAAUUUCACGGGGUUCCAGUUCUGGCUCCGGCCGGGCCGAGACGUGAGGAACCUGGAUGUUCUGUGCAAGCUGCUGUCGGCGCGGAUCCCAGGCCUCCCAUUGGGAGUGAAGUACAUUUUCAACAUGGACGGGGAUGUCAUUCGAAGACUGGAAGAGAUCCAAGAUGGAGAAACUUACGUCUGCUCCUCGAACCCCGAUUUCAAGGAACAGAUUUACGGAUUAAAAGUGCUCUCCUCUUGGCGAAAGACGGCCAAGACCCAGCUGAGACGUUUCAGCCAAGCCCGCACCAGGCCGUCCACCCCCGAUGACUUUUCUCCGUUCUACUCCGAUACUCAUACCGCGUUCCCCUCAAAUGGUCGUUCUCCUCUCCACCCCGAUGCCCAUACCGCCUUCCCCUCAAAUGGUCGUUCUCCUCUCCACCCCGAUGCUCAUACCGCCUUCCCUUCCAAUGGUCGUUCCCCCCUCCACCCCGAUGCCCAUACCGCCUUCCCUUCCAAUGGUCGUUCCCCCCUCCACCCCGAUGCCCAUACCGCCUUCCCUUCCAAUGGUCGUUCCCCCCUCCACCCCGAUGCUCAUACCGCCUUCCCCUCCAAUGGUCGUUCUCCCCUCCCCGCCUCGCCCCCUCGCAGGAAGAGACGGGACUCCCGAGGCGGCAUGCGGAUUUGGGGCAAUUGUCUGUUGAGCACGAAGACGGGAAACUUCGAAGAAGUUCGUCAUAUUCUCGGUCAGGUCCUGAACAUGCGCAAGGUCAAGGCCAUGUACACCCUCAACGGCGAAGAGGUGAGGAGCCUCUCCCAGCUGAGCCACUACUACGACAACGCCGAGCAAGACACCUUCUUCCUGGAAGAAGACAGAGACAUCCCAUCUCCCCCGAGGCAGACGAAGCGGAGCCUGGACCGAGACUCCAACAGCGAGAUUUUGCGGCCGACCGGGAACCACCAGACCGUUCUGUUCCAGCGGUUGGGUGGGAACGGAACUUUCCCAGACACGCGCGCUGCAGGGAAGGACGCGGUGACGGUGACGAUUCGAGGACGGGACCAUGUCCUCGCGAAGCCCUCGCAUGUCCCGCCCUCUAAUGCAACGGCCCCUGAAAAGCAACUUCACCUCGACUGGGUAUAUGGAUUUCGAGGCGCCGACACGAAGCGGAAUCUGUGGGUCCUGCCGAAGGGAGAGCUGCUUUACUUCGUGGCGACGGUGGUGGUCGUGUACGACGUGCAGCAGCGCGACAGGCAGGGCGACAAGCAGCGCCACUACACGGAGCAUACCGAAGACGUCACCUGCUUGGCGGUGCAUCCGGGGAAGGAUCUGGUCGCAUCCGGCCAGAGGGCGGGCUAUUCGCAGGACGGGAAGGACCCCGGCCCCCACAUCCGGAUCUGGUCCCUGGCGAAGCUGACGACCCUGAAGACGCUCAACGCCUCGAACUUUACCUGGGUCGGCGCGGUUGCGCUGGCCUUCUCCGUUCAGGACGGAGGGAAGCACUUGGCAGGGGUGACGGAGGGACAAGGGCAGGAACUCCUCGUCUGGGAAUGGAACAAGGACCCGCAGAAAGCUGUUGCCAGGGCUCAGACAAACGAGAAUAACAUCGUGGGGCUGGCGUUCCACUCGAAGCAGGACCUGAUCAUCACGUAUGGGGGUCGCCUGGCAACGUGGAAGAGGGAGCGCGGAUCCGCCGAGCUCGAGAGAGAAGACCUCGUCGAUGAGGAACUCGGAUCGGCAGCUGUUACAUGCUUGAAAUUCAUGUCGGCCCCGAAGGAGCACCUGCUGACAGGGCACGCCAACGGAGUGAUCAGCGUCUGGUCCUUCGACCGACACGGGAAAUAUACUCUGGACGAGGAAUUUCAGUUGCCGAAAAUAGUGGGGGGAGUGCGAGGAAUCCAGGCAGGCAAAGGCAAAACGGGGUCACACGAGGAACUGCUCGUGGGAACGACCAAGAACCAGAUUCUCCAAGGAACGCUUGAGACCACAUUCCAGCCGGUGGUGUUCGGCCAUGCGAGCCAACUGUGGGCCCUGGCCGUGCAUCCCAGCCAGCCUGUCUUCGCCACCGCUGGCUACGACCGCAACAUCGUCAAGUGGAGGGCGCACAAGCUCGAGUGGAGGGUUGAAUCAGAGUGCUCGUGUGCAACAUGGAAUGGUGACGGGAGCCUUUUGGCCGUGGGCUCCAUCACGGGCCACGUCACUGUGCUGCGAGGAGAGAACGGGGAACUCCUCGUUUCGUUUCUGGUCGGACCUACUCACGUCUCCUGCAUCAGCUUUUCCCCUGAUGAGAGUCUUUUGAGCAUGGGCGCGGAGAACGGAAACGUAUACCUUUAUAAAGUGGACAAGGCUGAGUAUGUUUUUCGGCGAUCGGCUGUUAUCAAGGUGUCUCUGCCGUUGACCCAUAUGGACUGGUCGACUGAUUCUCAAUAUAUUCGGACUCAGUCUGAAGACGCAGUCGUGAUCAUAUGGGAUGCUAAGCGCCAGUUGAAAGAAACGGAUCAGAGCUGGACCCGGGACAUCUCAUGGGCCACACACAAUUGCACCCUCUCAUAUUUCACAUACGGGAUGUGGAAGAGCAUAAAUUCCACUGGGGAAGUGAGCAUUUCCACUUGCGAUAUAUCUCGCUCCAAGAAGCUACUGCUGGCCGGAGAUGCAGACGGCAGACUCUUCCUCUUCAGGUACCCCAGCACAGAUCCAAAAGCGAAAUACCACACGAAGAAGGUCUAUACCGCAUACAUUUCGAGCGCUCGUUUCCUGCAAGAUGACAACAUCAUCGCAGCUGGGGGAACCGAUGCUGCCCUUAUGCAAUGGAGGCUGGCGUGA